AGUUAACCGUAAGUUAUUGUUGCAGUUAGAUACAGAGAGAAACAAAGAAACAAAGAAACAAAGAAGAAGAAGAAAGAAAGAAAGAAGAGAUAGAGAGAGGAUCGCUUCGCACAUAAGCCAUUGAAGCUCGAACUAUAUAUACCUGGAGAAGAGAGGGGAAAGACGGAAAGAGGAAGUAGGUGUAGAUUAGACAGGAAAAGGAGAAGGAGAGAGACGAGUGGGAGGUUUAGGCUUGCAGGCACGGAGAGCCGGCGGCCAUGGCGGAUUCCAGCGAUUCGGUUUCUUUGGAUAUGGAAACAAUAUAUCUUGGAGGAAAGGAACAUAUUGUGAGAACUGGCCAAGGUCCUGUGUCUGUUAUUUUAUAUGGGGACCAAGACAAGCCGGCAUUGGUAACAUAUCCUGACGUGGCUCUAAAUCAUAUGUCUUGCUUCCAAGGAUUGUUCUUUUGUCCUGAGGCAGCUUCUUUGCUGCUUCACAAUUUCUGUAUUUACCACAUCAGUCCUCCUGGGCAUGAGUUGGGAGCUGCAGCCGUUUGUCCAAAUGAUGAAUUGCUGUCUGUUGAUGAUCUAGCAGAUCAGAUCCUUGAGGUUCUCAACCAUUUCAGGCUUGGUACAGUAAUGUGUAUGGGAGUUACAGCGGGUGCUUACAUACUUACGCUCUUUGCAAUGAAAUACAGAGAGCGGGUUAUCGGUCUAAUACUUAUUUCCCCCAUUUGUAAGGCACCUUCGUGGACAGAAUGGUUAUAUAACAAGGUGAUGUUAAAUUUGCUAUACUUUUAUGGCAUGUGUGGUUUGCUCACAGAACUCUUGCUUCAACGGUACUUCAGCAAGGAAGUUCGCGGUAAUAUUGAUGUCCCGGAAUCAGAUAUCGUUCAGGCUUGUAGACGAUUACUAGAAGAACGGCAAGGAAUAAAUGUUUUCCGGUUCCUUCAGGCAAUGGAUAGGAGACCAGAUAUAAGCGACGGUUUGAAGAGACUAAAAUGUCGUACAUUGAUAUUUGUUGGGGAUAAUUCACCUUUCCACGAGGAGGCUUUGGAGAUGAUGUCAAAGUUGGACAGAAGAUAUAGUGCGUUGGUGGAGGUGCAAUCGUGCGGUUCAAUGGUGACGGAAGAGCAACCGCUUGCUAUGUUAAUACCGAUGGAAUAUUUCAUGAUGGGAUACGGAUUAUACAGGCAGAGUCAGGCUCAGGCGCUUAGUGGAAGUCCGAGGAGUCCUCUUAGUCCAUCGUGUAUCUCACCGGAGCUUCUCUCCCCAGAAAGCAUGGGGUUGAAGUUGAAACCCAUUAAAACCAGGGUUGUUUCUUAGAAACACAAAUGAGCUUGUAUAUAAUAUUCAUUUUUUUUUGUCUUGGGGGUUUUACACUUGUAGAAAGAAAGAUGAAAAAAAAGAGGGGAGGUUGAUUGUUAGUAGCAAUUCUUCAUUCAUUUGUAGUAAAGUAAGUCAUAAACAAUUACAUGUUGAAGUAGUAGAACUCUUAAAUGAGAUGUUUUUAUGUCACACAUACACAUCUCUCGUCAUUGGUACCUAUUUAUUGUUAUUUUGUAAUAAGGAGAAUAUUUUAAAUGUA